AUGUUGAUCGGGGGAUUCUUUGGCUUCGCUAUCGGCUACCUAGCAACUCUUCAAAUCCAAGUGACUAGUCCAUUAACGCACAACAUUUCUGGCACGGCCAAGGCUGCCUUUCAGACCAUCCUGGCCGUUUUUGUUUACCAUGAGACUAAACCGUUGAUUUGGUGGGCAAGUAACGGCAUCAUCCUCGGGGUCUCAGUCAUAUAUGCGGCUCUGCGCCAGGCUGAACAUAAAAAGCCUAUAUGCGAGGAUAUAAAUUCAGAAGAAAACCUGGACGGUGUGAAGAAGAACCUUCUUUUAUAA